AUGCAUCUGUCCACAAACUUAUUUAUAGCCCUUGCACUCGUACUUCCGGGUGAGUGUUAUCUCAUUAUUGACCAAGAUUUGAGUAGUACACGCUGGACAUGCGCUUUUCUCUUCAUUGAGCGGGCCUUCGCUUUAGUGUUGUCCACCCCAGCCACUACAGAGCAACUGAAAGAAUGGAUAAUGGCGAACCGAAAGAGUAUUUAUGGCGAAAAUUCAAUCACUGGUGAUGGUGAUCUGGCCGGCACUAUUUUACGGCUUUUUGGUCUGGAAAGGACAACAACGACUGGAACUCCAAGUACUACGACGCAAGCUCCCACUACCACUUCGAUGAGCACAACGAUAUCCGUAACCAUACCAGCUAGAGACGUGUGUCCAUUUGCUGCCGAGCCGUUGAUGCUCGGCAAAGAAUUCGCGUACUGUCGCCCUUCCUCCAUCGGCGAUUGCCCUGUUGGUUAUCUGUGUGACCAGUCUUUUGUUCUGAGCAAAUCAAUCUGUUGCCGGGACAAUCGCCUCAGACCAAUGCCGAAUCGUCCUGUCGUGGUUGGAUCGAGCUCAGCUCGACCGCCAUUCAGUUGGAACACGAUCACACCCACAGUAUCACCGAAAUGGAACGCUCUUACCACUGCAAAAAAGACUCCGUGGUAUAUAAAAGAUCGGACAACUUGGCCAAGCGUGUACAAUAGAAUGACACCAGAGACGACAGUCUCAACCACUGAGGAGACUUUACCGACCAUAACACAAGUGCCGCUCGCCACUACCACAAUGAGCACCACUACAACAACGCCGGCACCAAGCACCACCGCAAAACCAUCGAAUCCCUGGGCAAGGGUAUGGACAACAACUAGGACACCGCAUAAUGCUGUGUCCGUUAGCGUCCUACAAGCUGGGAGUAUUCGAACACUUCGUGACGGUCAGUCUGAAGCUGUGGGCGCCAUAACGCUCAUCAACGAUAAUGGAUUUUAUGUGCUUGUCAACACAGGCGCAUCAAGUGACACUGAACGACUGCUUCACGGUGAGUUGCUUCCGUGA